GCGCACGCGGCCCUGCAGCCCGAGAAGAAGAAGCCCGGCCCCGGCGGCGCGGCGGUCAAGGCCGCAGCCGCGGAGGAGACGGUCCAGCAGGCGGCCGAGAAGCGGGCGAACGCCAGCGCGGAACUGAACCGCGUGCUCGGCGAGAUCGUCGGCGACCUCAGCAGCGUGGGCCCGCUGCAGCACAGCUGCAGGCCCAGGUCGCUCACGGAGAACGAGGCCGAGUACACGGUGCAGGUCGUGAAGCACAUGUUCAAGCAGCAUGCCGUGCUCGAGUUCAGAGUGGAGAACACGGUGCAGGGCAUUACGCUGGAGGACGUCGCAGUGGUGCUGACGGGGGUGGAGCCUGGCUGGACGGAGCUGGGUGCCACGAAGAUCAACAGGCUGGAGUACGGGCAGCAGACCGCGCUGACCGUGGUGUUGCAGAAGAACGGAGGGGACGACCGAGCUGGCGCACUGCAGGGCAAUUUUGGCGCCAAGCUGACCUUCCUGGUGAAGGAGGAGGGCGACGACCUCGGCUACGAGGAUGAGUACCCGAUCGAGGGCCUGGACGUGAGCACAGGCGACUACAUGUUCCCCCGGCAGCUGCCCGCGGGCCAGUUCAAGUCGGCUUGGGAGCAGCUCACGGCGCAGGGCGUAGAGGCGACCCAGAAGCUGUCGCUGACCUACAAGUCGUUGGAGGCCGCGGUGGCGGGCAUUAUCCAGGUGCUGAACAUGGAGGCGUGCGAGGGCACCGGCAAGGUCGAGGCCGGCGUGCGCGGGCACACGCUGAACCUGAGCGGCACAUUCCUGGGUGGGCACACGUGCCUGGUCAAGGCCCUCGUGGGCAUGGACCAAAACCACGGGUGCGUGGCGAAGAUCGCCUGCAGGGCGAAGAGCGAGCAGAUUGCCGAGCUGAUCGCAAAGGCGAUGAUGGAUUGCGGCAAGAUGCCGCUGCGGAUCGAUGCCCCCAUUCAGGAGCUCCCGGUAGUUGCGAUCGCCCUGGCCCUGGAGGGAGCCACAGAUCCGACGGCGAGGCGAGAGAGGGGCCAGAUCUCGUGGACGGCCGCCCAUGCAGAGGACGCGGAACAGGUGCUGUCAUCGUGGCAGGGCUUCUUCACCUCAGGCAGUCUGUGCGCCGACCAGUGGGCGGUCGAUGCACACCGCCCCGGCAUGACAGUCUCCGCCCGCUGCCUCGCCGCCCUCGGCCUCGCCGUGCUGCUGGGCCUCCGGUUCGCCUUCGUGGCGCCGGUCGGCGCAGGCUUGCCCGCGCUGCCCGCUGUGCCGGGCUCCCCCGCGGGCUCCGCCGCCGACGUCGAGGCCGAGCGCGAGGCGGCGGCGGCGCCUUGGGCGUCGGCCACGCGGUUCCUGGCCGCCAGCCGUGAGGGGGGAAGGGCGCCUUUCCCAGACCCCCUCGCAGUGUCAUGGCGCCAACAUCGUAGAGCGGAUUUCGUUCGGAAAGCAAUCGGAUGGGCCCAGAGUGUCCUG